AUGUUGGAAACAAAGAAAGAAAUUCUGCACAAAUUUCGUUUUCAUCCUUCGAAUGAACUCAUUCAAUUGACACAACAACAACUCAUUCGUCUUCCUUUAUUAAACAAAUUCGUUGAAAACAAAACCAACUUUCCAUUACUUCAAAAUGAUCGACAUGAAUAUGUUCUACAUCAUCCCAUUCGUUUUCCUUGGUUUAUUCCUCUUUUCCAUUCCAUCAACACUCAACAACCUCAUGUUCUUUUCACUGAAUUGACUAUAGAUGAAAACAUUUUCGAUGUUCUUCAAUUAUUCGAUUAUCUUUGUGUCGAUUUAUUUCCUUCGCCUCUUCUCGAUGAACGAAAUCUCCGUUCGUUGAAUCCAACGAAGAAUACAGAUCGAAACCGACGACUUGUUUAUCGUCCAGUGAAGAAUGUGGGUGAAGCACGAACUCUCGCUGCUCAAUUUAUUUUAUCUCUGUCGAGAGAUGAAUAUGAUUUGAAUGAUUUUCGAACGAUCGAAAGCGUUUUCUCUCUCAUCUCAGUGAUCUUCACUCGCCGAGAUAUAUUUAACUCACAGUUUCGAUAUCAUACAUAUACAAUUUUGGAUAAAUGUGUAUUUCCAUUAUUUUUCAAGCGACAUCCAAUGGAAGUGUUGAUUAAUAUUGAUGAAGAUGAAAAGAUGGAGUUGUAUGAUGAUUUACAAUCGAUUCCAAUCGAUUUUCAAUGUGCAUUUUGCAGAAAAGGCACUUAUGAAUUACAACAAGAACAAAAACUAUUUUACUGUGGACCUGAGAGAGCGGGAAAGUCAACUAUGAUCGAAUUCUUCUCACGGUAUGAGAAUGGCAAAUAUGAAGAUCAAUAUCCAUUUUACGUUAUGGAUGAUUGUUGGGCUUGUUUCAAUGAAGCCGAAACUGUAUAUCUAUAUUCCAUUGAAAAAGACUCAUAUUCAAAUAAAACGCAGUCGGUGUGUUGUUACGGAUCACCCAAACAAGCUAAAAUUGACAAAUGCAAACCGAGAUAUGGGCCCAAAGCGCAAAAAUAUCGAUAA